CCAAAGUUGAAGUUCAAAGGGAGGAGUGCGAAGAUUCAGAGGGCGCCAGUGGCAGGAGGGGCAUAUUUGCAGCGUUGCGAGUUUCUUCCCCUGGUGCUUGAAGCUUUUCAAAUUUACACGAGUGUUUGUCGCCAUGGCAGCGGCAAUUGCAAGCAAAGGUUUGCUGAGCGGGGGUCAGCUGGCGGCAGGAGCGGUUCCUGUUCAACAGAGCAGGCGCUGUUCGCAGGGGCAGCCGACGCUGCCGGCAUUGCAGGCUGGGAAUUACUCUGGGUUGAGGGGGCUGAGUCUAGUACCGACCAGGCAAAUGAGGGUUGAAUCCAGACGCCGCCUUGCCCCCGGCAUCUCCUGCCAGCUUUCCUCCUCUCCCCAUUGGCCCCUCGCCGUUGUGUCCACCCUCGCCACCCCCUUCGACCUCCACGCAGCUCCCCUAAGCCUAGACCUCCCGCCCCUAAACCCCGUCUAUGGCGAAGUCGGCGCCGUCCUCGAGCUCAGCGUACAGCUCAUCUACUUGCUGGGGCUGCUAGCGCUCCUGGGAACCGGCAGUUUCCUGGUGGUACGUCAGGUCUUGAUCCGGCGCGAGCUUGAGAACGCGGCCAAGGAUUUGCAGGACCGUGUGCGCAUGGGAAUCGCGUCGGCGGAGGAGUACUUUGAGCUGGGGGCGGUCAUGCUGCGCAAGCGGCUGUACAUCCAGGCCAACAGGUACCUGGAGCAGGCGAUCCAGAAGUGGGAGGGGGACCCCGAGGAGCUCGCACAGGUUUACAAUGCGCUUGGGUUCUCUUACACCAAGGAGACACGAUAUGACGAGGCUGUUGCUCAGUUUGAGAAGGCCCUUCGAUUGCAACCAGGUUACGUGACUGCCCGCAAUAACUUGGGAGAUGCAUACGAGCAGGCGAAGCAGAUUGAGAAGGCCCUACAAGCCUACGAGCAAGCUCUGCGGUAUGAUCCGAACAACAAUCUGGCCAAGGAUAAGGUGGAGGCGUUGAGGCGGAGAGUAGACCGGAGGAAAGGGGUGACGUCAGAAUCUUGAGCACUUCUUUAAAGUCACUAUCCAUUUUGCCUGACUUGGUUUCAUUGCGUGGAGCAUGGAUUGAGAACUUUUGAAACGCGUCACUCAAGUUCGGACGCUGGCCCCCUAACAUGGUUACCCCAUUUUGGAGGUAGCACUCUGCAAACCAAGUCACUCCUUAAGGCUCAAU